AGAUCACAUGGUCGGUCCACGGCUCGUAUCGAAAAACCAUGUCAUGCAACAAUUCUCUCCCUAAUUAGGCAACUUGAGUGGGGACCCUUGCACUACUUGGCUCCCUGAGGAUGUGUUUGGACCAUAAAAAGGAGCCUCUUUUCUCUUCUGGGGGAGAUCGAGACCACUCCCUUCUCCUCAAAGCUUGCUAUUCUCGUUCCACAACACUCAUUAUAGAUUAAACUAAGUCCAAAUUCCCCCCCCAACAUUUCCUCUUUAAGCUCCCCGUCUCGUCCUCCACCUCUCUCUCUCUCUCUCUCUCUCUCUCUCUCUCUCUCUCUCAAAAAAAAAAAAAAAAAAAAAAAAAAAAAAAAAAAAAACCAUCUUUUUUUUUUUUCCUCCCCAUUACUACAUGUGCUUAAGCGCCCUCUUCCUCUUCCUCUUCCUCCUCGUCCUUCGCUCACCUCCCAACUGUGGGCGAGACCCAGUUCUUGGAUCGGCCAAUGGAAGGAGCUAAUGGCGCCCGCGGACCCAACCAUUGCCCCAGCUCGGGGAGCAGGGGGAGCUUGCUGCGCUCGUGGAAGAGGAGAUUCGUCGGACACCUUGCGGGCGCCCGCGCGCGGAGGUCCCGGUGCGUGGUUUGCCUCCAAAUCCAGCAAAUUGCGGGGCUUCCGCCGCCCAUGGAGGCGCGCGCGGUGGUCGUGGGGUGGAGAACCAAAGGGUGCGCGGGGGAGCGGACGAGCCCCGUUCGCGUCGCCGCGGGGGCCGCCAUUUUCGACGAGAUAUUCCUGCACCACUGCAGCACGGACGUGGGAUCCGUGCUGAGGGGCUUCGCCAUUUGGGUUUCGGUUGCUGAUGGAGAUGAGCGCGAAUUGGGCGCGUUUCGCGUCGAUCUCAGCGAGUUCGCGGCGGCGGGGGGGAGUUUUUUGAAUUCGAGUUUCGGCGGGAAGAGCAUGAGCUUCGCUCUCGGAGGAGUCGCCCAUGGCGGGGUGCUGAGUUUGAGUGUGUAUUGUAGGAUGGUGGAGGACGAAGACCAUGAUAUUACUACUAGGAAUAGUUGGAAUAAAACCAAGUGCUUUUCUUGUCUCCCUGAUCUGAACUGCCUUCGGAGCCGGCCCGCCUCUGCCUCAGCUCGAAGAGUCCCAGCCCUCCGAUCCGAUGCUAACUUUAUCACGAUCGAGAACCCUACCGAAGACAUUCUUCGAAUGGACGACGAAGACGGCGGCUUCAUCACACUGGAGAGAGGAACCAUCUCUUCUCGAUCGCAGAGGCCUAGUUCCGACACUUUAGUGCACACCGAUGGGGACGAAGAGGAAAUCGAGGGGCGCGAAGAGGAGAAGCCGUGCCUUCUAAUGGAGUUUAGCGAAGAAAUCGAUGCAGAUAAAGUCGAGGACGAGUUCCUUAGCAUGUUGGAGCAGAAAUAUUGGAAAGGAAGUAAUGCUGAGCCAUGGAGAAAAGUGGCUGAGGGAAGUUUGAGUAUGAGCUUGGAUCUGAGUUUGGAUUUGGGUUUGGACUUGGACUUGGAUUUCCUAUUAAAAGAAGCCGAGGUCGAGCUCGCGAAGGCGGCGCAAGUGUGGAGAAGUAAAGUUGGAGCAGCAAUUUUAGAGAAGGAAGAGUAUGAGGAUCUCAUGAGGAGAUGGGGGGUUAAAGAGGAUGAUCCUUCUCCAGUGUGCUUUGUAGGGUAUGGCUUUGGUAGUCCAAUGCACUUUGAGAACCAAGCACUCUUACAUUGAAGUUAAAGGUGAUGCAACAACUCCAAAUUGGCAUCUUAAUGUUUAGAAUUGAAUCAUUUUGUGGGAGGUGGAUUUUAUCAUUUGUUCUUGAAUCUUGAUUAACAGUUAAUUCUCAGGGAAAAUAAAAAGUGAUGAUCAUGUGAGAACUGUCUCACAGGGGCAAUGCCUAAUUGCCUAUUAGAUGGAUUUUGUAAUGUGAAUUAAAUAAAGCAUGCAUUGAGACAUGCUGCAGUGCAGUUGAUGUUAAAGGCAUGUAAAGCCUAAUGAGAAAUAAUCUCUUUAUUAAGGCAA